AAAAUAUUCUCAACGUCAUGUGUCAACUGUCAAUCGCCAAACUUGACAUUGACGCGACGUCGAAAAUUAUUUCUUUUUAUUUGUCAAAAUAGCCGAAAAGGUAGUUUGCUGUUUGUAUCUUACAUUAUUAGAUAAAUCUUAGGAAAUUUGAGAUUUGUGUUAACUCCGUUUGAAAAGAUUUUUGUUGGACAUUCUUAAAUUGUGAAUAUUUUUCACUCAGUUCGUAAACUUAGGUUUAUUUCAUAACCUAAUGAUUCAAAGUGUUUUCAGGUUAACUCAAAAUGUUGAUGCCAAAACAGAAUCGUGUUGCUAUCUACGAAUACCUUUUUAAAGAAGGUGUUAUGGUAGCUAAAAAAGAUUAUCAUGCGCCUAAACACCCGGAUCUAGAAAAGAUUCCCAACCUCCAAGUCAUCAAAGCAAUGCAGUCUCUUAAAUCUAGGGGCUACGUGAAGGAACAAUUUGCAUGGAGACAUUUUUAUUGGUACCUAACCAACGAGGGUAUUGAAUACCUCCGCAUAUUCUUACAUUUACCGCCCGAAAUUGUACCAGCAACACUGAAGCGAUCUGUGCGUACUGAGACAGUACGUCGUGGAACUGUUGGCCGGCCCGAUGCUCCUGCUCGUACAGCAGAGGACCGUUCCGCGUAUCGCCGUGCACCUACUACGCCUGGGGCUCCUCAUGAUAAGAAGGCUGAUGUUGGCCCUGGUUCUGCAGAUGUUGAAUUCAGGAGGUUUUGGACGAGGAAGGCCUGCGCCUUAAUUAAGUUUAAUAAAAAUUAUACAUUAUGUUGCCUUUUUUUAUUAUUCCUUGGAAGAUGGAUAUUGAAAUCUUAAUUGGUAGGAAUAUAGAAUCAAGCAUUUACUAAACUGUCUUGUGUGAAUUGUCACAUUGAAAUAUCUAGUGGAGGAUACUGCUUGU